AAAAAAUACCUGAGAUCGCGUUCGUGAAGUGACGCCAUCAUUGUUUUCUGCGUCACAAAUCAAAAGUGAAAGCAAAUGUUCAGUUGAUAUUUCUCCAAUUUAAAAACCAGAAUCGAUUCUAUACGGAUUAUAAGUGUUUCAGAGGAACCUUUACAUAAGCUUAGCUAUGAUUUUACGUGUAGUUGCUUCACAGAAAGGCGGUGAAUUUUGUGAAUCUGUAUGUAAAGACGUCAGUGCUGGAGAUCAGAUUCUGUUUCAUCAUGGAUGACGCACAAACAUCCACAGAUGAAGAUUUUUCUCCAGGAUGCAGUUCGUUUCAGAAGAAGAGAUCAGAAGCAGAGCCCAGCUGUGUGUCUGUGAGGAGUGACGCGUCUAUGGGUCGUUUAAUAGAAAUUAAGAGUGAAGAUACAAAGACUGAUCUCAGUUCAGUUCAGCAGAACAGAUCAGAAGCAGAGCCCAGCUGUGUGUCUAUGAGAAGUGAUGCAUCUAUGGGUCGUUUAAUAGAACUUAAGAUUGAAGAUACAAAGACUGAUCUCGGUUCAGUUCAGCAGAAGAGAUCAGAACCAGAGUCCAGCUGUGUGUCUAUGAGUGACGCGUCUAUGAAUCAGCCAUUAGAUUAUACGAGUGAAGAUACAAAGACUGAUCUCAGGUAUGAAGUCCUCAACACAUUUAGAUCAAAUCUGAUGAAGAAGUUUGGCUGUCUGUAUGAGGGAACAGCGACGCAGGGAAACCAAACACUCCUGAAUGAGAUCUACACAGAGCUCUACAUCACAGAGAGUGAGAGUGGAGAGAUCAAUAAUGAGCAUGAGGUGAGACAGAUUGAGACACAAUCCAGGAGAGCAGCAACAGAGGACACAGCCAUCAAAUGCAAUGGCAUCUUUGGGCCUUUACCUGGACAAGACAAAGCCAUCAGAACUGUGCUGACAAAGGGAGUCGCUGGCAUUGGAAAAACAGUCUCUGUGCAGAAGUUCAUCCUGGACUGGGCUGAAGGGAAAGAAAAUCAGGACGUCCAGCUCAUAUUUCCACUUCCUUUCAGAGAACUCAACUUGAUGAAGGGCAAAACACUCAGUCUUUCAGAUCUUCUUCAUGUCUUUUUUCCUGAAACUAAGGAAAUGGAAAUAUCCAGUGAUGAAUAUAGUGUGUUGUUCAUCUUUGAUGGUCUGGACGAGUGUCGACUGUCUUUGGAUUUUCAGAGUGAUGUGAGGUUGUGUGAUGUAAGUGAAUCAGCCUCAGUGGAGGUGGUGCUGAUGAACCUCAUUGUGGGGAAUCUGCUUCCCUCUGCUCUCAUCUGGAUCACCUCCAGACCCGCAGCAGCUGAUCUCGUCCCCUCUGAGUGUGUCCAUCGAGUGACAGAGGUAAGAGGCUUUGAUGAGCCACAGAAGGAGGAAUACUUCAUGAAGAGAAUCAGUGAUCAGAGUCUGGCCAAUACAAUUAUCUCACAUCUGAAGUCAUCAAGGAGCCUCUACAUCAUGUGCCACAUCCCAGUGUUCUGCUGGAUCUCAGCCACUGUUCUAGAGAAGAUGUUGAGUCGAGCAGAGAGUGGAGAGAUCCCCAAGACUCUCACUCAAAUGUACACACACUUCCUGAUCCUUCAGACCAACAUCAAACAUGAGAAGGACUAUGAGAAGAAGGUGACAGAUGAAGACAUGAUCUUCAAACUGGGGAAAGUGGCUUUUCAACAGCUUGUGGAAGGCAACCUGAUCUUCUAUGAGGAAGACCUGAGAGAGUGUGGCAUUGAUGUGACAGAAGCAUCAGUGUACUCAGGAUUGUGCAGUCAGAUCUUCAGAGAGGAGUUUGGCUUGUAUCAGGGGAAAGUCUUCUGCUUUGUUCAUCUGAGUAUUCAGGAACAUCUAGCAGCUCUAUAUGUGCACCUCUCCUGGACAAACGACAACAGAAAUGUGUUUGACCAAAUCAAACAAAAUGCACUGUCUAAAGGUCGGGACAGCUUUCAACUCUUAAAAUGCAUUUCAUUAUCUGAGCUGCAUCAGAGAGCUGUGGAUGAGGCUCUACAGAGUAAAAAUGGACAUCUGGAUCUUUUCCUGCGGUUCAUUCUGGGUUUGUCAGUGGAGUCUCAUCAGAAUCUCCUACGGCAAAUAAUGACGUUGAAAAAAAGCAGCUCUGACAGCAAUGAGAAAACAGUUGAGUACAUCAAGAUGCAGAUCAGGACCAUUGACUCUCCAGAGAAAUCCAUCAAUCUGUUUCAUUGUCUGAAUGAACUGGGUGAUCAUUCAAUAGUGGAGGAAAUACAACAGUAUCUGAAAUGUGGAACAAUAAAGAACACCAAACUCUCUUCAUCUCAGUGGUCAGCUGUAGUUUUUGUUUUGUUGACAUCAGAGAAGACACUGAAUGAGUUUCGUCUUGAUAAAUUUGUUAAAGUAAUGAAUAAGCCUGAAAAUAUGAAAGUUCUUCAGAAGCUGCUGCCUGUGAUUAAAGAAUCCAGAUCAGUUCAGUUGAGUUAUUGUGGCAUCACAGAUGAAGGUUGUGCUGCUCUGGCUUCAGCUCUGAGAUCAAACCCCUCACACCUGAGACACUUGAAUCUGACUAGGAAUAAAAUAGGAGAUUUGGGUGUGAAGCUUCUCUGUGCUGUACUAGAGGAUCCUCACUGUAAACUGGAGAAACUGUGGUUGAGUUAUUGUGGCAUCACAGAUGAAGGUUGUGCUGAUCUGGCUUCAGCUCUGAGAUCAAACCCUUUACACCUGAGACACCUGGAUCUGAUUGGGAAUGAAAUAGGAGAUUUGGGUGUGAAGCUUCUCUGUGCUGUACUGAAGGAUCCUCACUGUAAACUGGAGAUACUGCAGUUGAGUAAAUGUGGCGUCACAGAUGAAAGUUGUGCUGCUCUGGCUUCAGCUCUGAGAUCAAACACCUUACACCUGAGACAGCUUAGUCUGUCUGGGAAUAAUCUAGGACAAUCAGGAGUGAAGUUACUCUCUGAUCUGAAAGAUGAUCCACAUCAUAAACUGGAGACAUUAGACUAUUACUCUCAGUAAUUAGACGUCAGUCCAGUUUCCUCAGGAUCAGCUGAUGGUGAAUAAGGAGCCGCUACAGAGACGUCACAGUCACACAAUCAACAGAGACUGAAGACACAGAGACACGUGAAACAUGAAAUCGAGUGCAGAAUCAUUUUGGAUUCAUUAGAUAUUGUCUACAAUGCAG